AUGGCUGACCCGCGGGGGCAGGGCAAAGCAUCCGCCGACCAACUCUUGAGUCCGAGUGCCGAAGUUCCCGCCGAGGAACCAAAGGAGAACGCGCUCGGCUACAAGGUGAAGGAAGUCCAGUGCGUGGUCCCGGCGAAGCCACCCUUGAAGCCGGGCCGUCAGAAGGGAGCGAAGACAACGACCAAGCGAAGAGACAAGGCCAGAGAGGAUCCUGCCGGCGUGCAGGCUUCAGACAUUGCCUGCUGCAAGGACGUCGGGAGCCUGAGGACGCUGCUGUGGCAACUGGCCUUUGCCGCGCAGAAUAUCGAGGCCACAGGAGGCUUUGAUCACUGUGGCGUCAGGCUCCUCAUUGAAAUGGGGGCAGUCGCAGAACAAAUCCGCGAGAUGACUUUGCGCCAGCACGAGCAGCAAGCUGCGAUCAGCAUCCAAAAGGGCUGGAGGGACGCGCAGGAGGCACGGAAGCUCGCUGCACUCAAGGAGCUCGAGCGACUCGAGGCGCAGCGCGGCGCACCUUUGCCGUUCUUCCCGGCGCAGGCUGCGCCGUGGUGGCCGCAGGCUGCAGCCCCCAGCGUGCCCAGCAAUGCCAACGCGCUGCUGAACCAGCUGAAGCACGGGGCCUCACCGCCACUACACCCACAGCAGCCCCAACUGGACGGCCGGUCUCUGUUACAGAUGCUGGGUACGCCCCCGCCGCCGGAGUUUGCGCCCUCGCUCCCACCGCCCGUGCCAGCGCCCUCUGCGAAUUCGGGCUUGGACGGCCGGGCUUUGCUGCAGCAGAUCAAACCGCAGAGUUCGGCUCCUCCCCUGGACGGCCGCGCUUUGCUUCAGCAGAUACAGGGCCCGAUGGCUCCAGCUGUUCCGCCGCCUGCAGUUCCUCCGAUUCUGACGGAGACGGAGGCACCUCGCACCUUUGACCCGCAGUCCUUUUUCCGGACAGCCGAAUUGGCGCAACAGGGCGCCGCCCCGCACCCCGGGCAAGAGGCCAAGGGGAGCGGUUCUGACGUCCUCACCGAGUUCGUCCGAGCAGCGAAGCAAUCACAAGGUCAGCGAGACCAGCUAGACGUCACAGCCGCAAAGCCAGUGGAAGCAUCCAAACGGAUAGUUCCAGAUCCGCCCACACAGCCGCCGGUACUGGGUCCACCGUCGCAGCCGGCAGAGUCCGUCUCAAUGGACGAUGAGAGAAAGGCCUUGCGCGAAAAGAUGCGAGCCUUAGCCGAGGCACGAAAGCGUGCCGAGAGUUGA